AGUGCUCGUUUUGAUUAAAAUGCGAACGUUCUCUUUUGAUCACUCCUGAUCACACCCGCCAUCAGCUUACUUUGCUGGCUUAAAUUCCCGAAACCAAGGCAGCAAUUUGUCUCCAUCUUUAUCAGUUUCUUUUGAAGUAGAAGGAGGUGAAAAUGCGAAUAGAGGAAAGCGAUGGAGUAUCGGCGUCGAGAAAGCACCUGGUGUUUGCCUAUUAUGUUACCGGUCAUGGUUUUGGCCAUGCCACUCGUGUUGUCGAGGUUGUUAGGAACUUGAUUUUGGCUGGGCAUGAUGUGCACGUGGUCACUGGUGCACCUGAUUUUGUCUUCACCUCUGAAAUUCAGUCGCCUCGUCUCUUCAUUCGCAAGGUAUUAUUGGACUGUGGAGCAGUACAGGCAGAUGCAUUGACCGUGGAUCGCCUUGCGUCGUUGGAGAAGUAUUCGGAGACGGCUGUGAAGCCCCGGGAAUCUAUUUUGGCUACUGAGAUAGAGUGGCUGAACUCCAUCAAAGCUGACUUAGUGGUUUCUGAUGUUGUUCCAGUUGCGUGCCGUGCUGCAGCUGAUGCAGGAAUUCGAUCUGUCUGUGUCACCAACUUCAGUUGGGACUUCAUCUAUGCAGAGUAUGUCAUGGCAGCUGGAAAUCAUCAUCGUUCAAUAGUUUGGCAGAUAGCAGAGGAUUACUCUCACUGUGAAUUCCUAAUCCGCCUCCCAGGAUAUUGCCCAAUGCCUGCUUUUCGGGAUGUUAUUGAUGUACCUCUUGUUGUGAGGAGGUUGCACAAAACCCGCAAGGAGGCAAGGAAGGAACUUGGCAUCAGUGAUGAUGUGAAGCUGGUAAUCCUUAACUUUGGUGGACAGCCAUCUGGGUGGAAGUUGAAGGAGGAGUACUUACCUUCUGGUUGGCUUUGCCUGGUUUGUGGUGCUUCUGACAGCCAGGAGCUUCCACGAAAUUUCAUAAAGCUUGCAAAAGAUGCCUACACACCUGAUCUUAUUGCAGCAUCAGACUGCAUGCUUGGGAAAAUUGGAUAUGGCACUGUCAGUGAAGCCCUGGCAUUCAAGCUACCAUUUGUCUUUGUGCGAAGAGAUUAUUUCAAUGAAGAACCCUUUUUGAGAAAUAUGCUUGAGUAUUACCAGUGUGGUGUUGAGAUGAUUAGGAGAGAUUUACUCACUGGCCACUGGAAACCUUAUCUUGAACGUGCAAUUAGUUUGAAACCAUGCUAUGAGGGAGGCAUUAAUGGAGGCGAGGUGGCAGCUCACAUUUUGCAGGAGACAGCUAUUGGUAAAAACUAUGCUUCAGAUAAGUUCAGUGGAGCAAGAAGAUUGCGAGAUGCCAUUGUCCUUGGUUAUCAAUUACAAAGGGUCCCUGGACGAGAUAUCAGCAUCCCAGAAUGGUAUUCAAGUGCUGAAAAUGAACUCAAUAAAUCUACCGGGUCUCCAACUACCCAAAUAAUUGAAAAUGGAUCCCUAACAAGCAUAUGCACUGAUGAUUUUGAGAUUCUACAUGGAGAUCUUCAAGGCCUUCCAGAUACAAAGAGUUUCUUAAAGAGCUUGGCAGAGCUAGAUACUGUAUAUGACUCUGAGAAGAACUCUGAGAAGCGCCAAAUGCGGGAACAUAAGGCUGCUGCAGGACUCUUUAAUUGGGAGGAAGACAUCUAUGUGGCAAGAGCACCUGGGAGAUUGGAUGUAAUGGGAGGGAUUGCUGACUAUUCAGGAAGUCUUGUGUUGCAGAUGCCUAUUAAAGAAGCCUGUCAUGUUGCUGUGCAAAGGAACCAUGCAAGUAAACAUAGGCUCUGGAAACAUGCCCAGGCUCGGCAAAAUGCAAAAGGACAGGGGCCUACACCUGUUCUUCAAAUAGUAUCCUAUGGGUCAGAAUUAAGCAAUCGUGGUCCAACCUUUGACAUGGAUCUAUCUGAUUUUAUGGAUGGAGAGAUGCCAAUAUCAUAUGACAAGGCAAAAACAUAUUUUGCCCAAGAUCCAUCACAAAAGUGGGCAGCUUAUGUUGCAGGGACAAUUCUUGUUUUGAUGACAGAAUUAGGUGUACGCUUUGAGGAUAGCAUUAGCAUGCUGGUUUCUUCAGCAGUCCCCGAGGGAAAAGGGGUAUCUUCUUCUGCAUCAGUGGAGGUUGCCAGCAUGUCUGCUAUAGCUGCUGCUCAUGGAUUAAGUAUCAGUCCAAGAGAUAUUGCUUUGCUCUGCCAAAAGGUAGAGAAUCACAUUGUUGGAGCUCCAUGUGGUGUAAUGGAUCAGAUGACUUCAGCAUGUGGUGAAGCCAACAAACUUCUUGCAAUGGUGUGCCAGCCUGCAGAGGUUAUUGGGCUUGUAGAAAUUCCUAGCCAUAUUCGUUUCUGGGGAAUUGAUUCAGGAAUACGACACAGUGUUGGUGGUGCAGAUUAUGGAUCUGUAAGAAUAGGUGCCUUCAUGGGUCAAAAGAUGAUUAAGUCUAUAGCAUCAUCUACUUUGUCCAGAUCACUGCCCAGUGCUAAUGGGUUAAUCCAUGACGAGUUGGAGGAUCAUAGUGUGGAUCUAAUCAAAGCUGAAGCUUCAUUGGAUUACUUGUGUAACUUAUCACCACACAGAUAUGAGGCUCUCUAUGCUAAGAUGCUUCCUGAAUCCAUCCUUGGAGAGACCUUUCUGGAGAAGUAUAUUGAUCAUAAUGAUGCUGUCACGAUAAUUGAUGAGAAGCGCACAUAUGUUGUGAGAGCACCGGCUAAUCAUCCUAUAUAUGAAAACUUCCGUGUCAAGGCCUUCAAAGCAUUGUUAACUUCCACCAGUUCAGAUGAGCAACUUACAGCUCUUGGAGAACUAUUGUAUCAGUGUCACUAUAGCUACAGUGCUUGCGGGCUUGGUUCUGAUGGGACAGAUAGGCUUGUGCGGUUGGUACAGGAAAUGCAACAUGGCAAACCAUCAAAAUCUGAAGAUGGGACUUUAUAUGGAGCAAAAAUAACUGGUGGGGGUUCUGGUGGAACAGUUUGUGUAAUCGGUAGGAACUGUCUUAGAAGCAGCCAACAAAUUCUGGAGAUUCAGCACAGAUACAAAGGCGGAACUGGCUAUUUGCCAUUUAUUUUCGAGGGUUCGUCGCCUGGGUCAGGAAAAUUCGGAUACUUGAGAAUUCGCCGGCCAGUGUCCAUAACUUAGUCAAUUGUCUCUCAUUGUGGUUAGUGGUUACUAUAUUAAGAGACAGAACAUUUCUGUAUUAGUAAACUGUAACCACAAUCCAGCUGCAUAAAUUAUUAUCAUUAUUCCAGGAAUUUGUAUUUCGGAUGUUAAUUUAUAAAAUCCAACUGCUUCCCCUCCGAAUAAUAGAGCAUGUUUCAGACCAAAAA